AUGGGCUGCGCGACGUCGAAGCCAAAAGUCUGCCAUAACUGCCAGGCCCCUUAUUCUCCGGUGCGUCGGAGCUACUCCGUCCAGGUGAACCACCACCACCACCACCACGUCGUUGCCCUGACGUCAUCCACUUUGGGCUCCCUCAAUCUCGAUCCCGGAGAUCCAUACAAUAAGCCCCGCGACGACCGUCCUCCGCCGAUCCAAAUUUCCGCCGGAGACGGAGAAUCCGACGCCGGCGGCGGCAGCGAGAGGAAAAUAACCCCCAAGGAAGAAUUCGAGAUGGGGAUGAUCGAGGCCAAGACUUGGUCCCUGAGGAUCAAUGACAGAAUCCCCAAAAUAACCCCCAAAACCCCAGUCCAAACCCCUCCCGGCGAACCCGAAACCAUCAACGCUUGGGAGAUGAUGGAGGGCCUUGAGGACAUAAGCCCACUUCGGCCCACGGCCCGACAUUUUCGAAGCUUCUCCUUCCACGUCCCGUCGUGCUCCGGUGAAGACCAACCAACCCCACGCGUGAGAGACAACCGCGACGACCUGCCAGAGACAAAACCCGAUUCGCCCAACCCGCCCGACACCGACUCGAAUUCAAAUUCGAACUCGAACUCGAACGACACAUCAAUCGUGUCGGAAUUCGACCCGGACGUGAUCGCCACUUUCCGAAAGGCCCUCGAAGAGCUUCCCCCUGCGAACCCUUUCCACCUCAAGCCGGCGGCGACGACAAAUAAGGUUACGCCAUGUGGCGAGAGGGUGAUCGUGUACUUCACGAGCUUGAGAGGCGUGAGGAAGACGUACGAGGAUUGUUGUCACGUGCGGGUCGUUUUGAAAGGUCUCGGGAUUCGAGUCGACGAGCGUGACGUGUCAUUGCACUCGGGUUUUAAGGAUGAAUUGAAGGAGUUGUUGUCGGGAGAAGGGCUCGUCGGAGGAGUCGGGUCAUUGCCGAGGGUUUUUAUCGGGAAGAGGUACAUUGGUGGGGCGGACGAAGUUCGGAGGUUGAAUGAGGAAGGGAAGCUCGAGAAGCUAGUCGAGGGUUGCGAUGUUGUGGAGGAUCGAGGGGAAGGGCAAAACGGUCUUUUCUGCGAGGCGUGUGGGGAUAUUAGGUUCGUCCCGUGCGAGACGUGUUCCGGGAGUUGUAAGGUAUACUACGAAGGGGAUUACGAGGAGGAAGGGGAGUUUGACGAGUGCGGUUUUCAUAGGUGUCCCGAUUGUAACGAGAACGGGCUGGUUCGGUGCCCGAUUUGCUUCGACUAA